UCUCGAACUUGAAUUUUCAGUCUAUUUCAAGCUUUGCAAAAGUAAACAAGUGAAAUACAAAAAAUGAAGUUGUUCCUGUGUUUUAUUUUUGGUUUUGUCCAGGUGUGCUUUUGUGCACCACUUGUGAAAAGGGAGGCAAAUUCCUCGACACAGUUAACGUUGGAAGACAUCAGAGAUAUGCGAAAGUAUUUAAAAUCAAUUCCGGGUGCAAAUCUACAAGAUAUGGAUUCAUUCGCUGACAUACUCAUUAAUUUUCUCGGGAAUUCUACUGAUGAUCAAGUCAUUGAAGGCGUUGUGAAAUUAUUGGGAAUUGCAUUAAAUGUGGAUGCCUCAAAAAUCAAUCGAACUGUUUUUGAGCAAUUAAAAAACAGCAGCGAAAAAGAUGUUGAAGACAAUUCAAUUUCCAAAAUAAAUAAUUCCGUAAUAAGAGGAAUAACAGACAGUCAAUACAAACAUUUGGAGAAUUCACUACCGAAAGAAUUUGACACAUUUAAAACUGAACAAAUUCUUAAUUUUUUGAAAGGAUUUCGUGAAGGCUCCACAUCAAAAGAAACCGAGAAUUCUAUUAACGAUUUACUUAUGUCCGCAAUACAAACUGUUCUUGGUCUACCACAUAAUCCAGGUUCUGAUAUAAUAUCUGACGAAGAAGUAUUAAUUUAUGGUUUGAAUGCCAAUCAAAUUUAGGUGAUGGAAAUUAUUAUUUUGUGACAUUUGAAAAAUUGGGGAUUUUUGAUGUAUUUGUUAUAAAUGUGAUCUAUUAUUGGAAAGUGUCUUCUUUACAUUUGAAUGGGUCAGAAUAAAAAUCCGACUUGUACGCAGAUUCUAUAAAAGUGGAACACAGCGUUUUUUUUACAUAGAAUUGUUG